GGUUGAAGAGGUUGUACAGUCAAAGAAAAGUGGUGUCCUAUUUUUUCAAAGGAUUACUUCUCCGGAGGUGUUCUAUCCUCCCAAAGAAGUUGGAGGAUAAUGGUCUUGAUUUUAGAUGUCCUGAAGGCACCGUUGAGAUGGUAUUGCUACAAGACACUUUGUUGUCUCAUGCUAGAGAUGUGUAUACCCUUGAGAUUUUCAAAUUGUUUCAAGAACAAUACUUGAAGGGUAUGUCACAUUUUUUUAAAUUAAUCUCACAGAAUUGUCAUGAUUAUGUGUAUCAUGUUUGGUUGAAUGAGGUAGAUUUGAUCAGACACAGCGAUACUUUUAAUCAAAAUGACAACACAGUGACAUGCACUUGUAAGAUGUUUUCUGAAGUUGGCAUUUUGUGUAGACACAUUUUGCGUAUAUAUAAUGUCCAUUGUGUCAAAUGUAUUCCCCAAGUUUAUAUACUCUCUAGAUGGACAAAGGCUACCAUUCUGCCAAAUGUUAAUCUUUCUGUCACGCAAGGAAUCGAUAUCAUGUCUGGGAAAAUAUUGGAAGAUUCUGUUUGGAGGGUGCAAAUGACUAGAAAAUUCAACACAAUUUUGGGUAUGAAUCUUCUUCAAGGACAAUAUUGGAUCCUCCACGCUCUCGUCCUACAGGUCAGCGAAAUACCCGAAAGAGAAGUACUGUUGAAAAACAGUGCAAAAUAGUCAAAGCUCGUCGUUCCAAGUCCCAAAAUGUUGCCUCCAAUUCAAAAACAGUUGCUCAAUCUGUUGUUCAGGACACGGUUAAUUUUAUGGUUCCACAAGGUUAUCUUGCUCAUCCAGUUGGAGGAAUGAUCUCUUUAAUGCAUGUAGUUGGAUCUCCACAAGUUUUUGCUCCAUACUUCAUGCAAUCAACAACACAUGCUUGGCAUUUCUUUUUUCUUUUUCUUUUUAGUUGUAAAAGAUGAAGAGUUUACAUAUCUUAUUAUUGGUUAUUACAUUUGUAACACGCUGAGUUGCAUUUGGUUUUAUGGAAUUUAUAUUUGCAAUCUGUCAA